GGGGAGAGCGCCUUGCCUGGAGAGGGUUCACUGGGGUACCCUGUCCCCUGCUCAGGCCGUGGGGACACCAGGCAGGCAUGGUCGGCUAUGACCCUGAGGCUAAGUGCGUCUCCACGGUGGAAGCAGCUGCAGCAGGAUCAGCAUCCGGCUUGGUCACUCGGGUCCUUGUCAGCCCCUUGGAUGUCAUCAAGAUCCGCUUUCAGCUUCAGAUCGAGCAGCUCUCCUCCAGAAACCCAGGGGCUAAGUAUCAUGGUAUCUUGCAAGCUGUACGGUGUAUCUUCCAGGAAGAGGGGUUGGUAGCCUUCUGGAAGGGCCAUGUUCCUGCUCAGUUCCUUUCAGUUGGCUACGGAGCUGUUCAGUUCAUGGCGUUUGAAAGCUUGACGAAACUGGUGCACAUCACCACCUCGUACAAUGCCCGUGAUUCCUUUGUGCACUUCAUCUGCGGUGGACUGGCUGCUUGCACGGCCACUGUUGCAGUUCAACCUGUUGACACGCUACGCACCCGCUUUGCUGCUCAGGGUGAGCCUAAGAUCUAUCGCAACCUUCGCCAUGCAGUUGUGACGAUGUACCAGACAGAAGGGCCUCGGACUUUCUAUAGAGGUUUGACCCCCACAAUCAUUGCUAUCUUUCCAUAUGCUGGUCUCCAGUUCUCCUUCUACAACAUCCUGCAACAGUUUUCUGAAUGGGUGAUUCCAGCUGAAGGAAAGAAAGGAGGCAACAUUAAAAACCUUGUUUGUGGCAGCUGCGCUGGAAUCAUCAGCAAAACCCUCACUUACCCUUUUGACCUAUUUAAAAAACGACUGCAAGUGGGUGGUUUCGAGCAUGCCCGGGCAGCCUUUGGGCAGGUACGGAUGUACAGGGGUCUCCUGGACUGCAUAAGACAGAUCAUGCGAGAGGAGGGCCCAGGUGGAUUCUUUAAGGGCCUUUCACCCAGCUUGCUGAAGGCUGCUGUUUCUACUGGCCUUGUCUUCUUUUGGUACGAGCUGUUCUGCAGCCUGCUGUGUGCCCUGAAGAACACAGACAGCAAAACGAGGAAGGAAGGCUGA